GGUGCUCCCUACAUAGCAAGAUACACAAAUCUGUAUAAGUCCCAUUUGUCGCAUAGAAAAACGGCAUAGAUUAUGUUGCAUCGAGUUUAAGGGCUACAACGACAUGCUGUAUUGUUGCUGUGUUUAAGGGCUACAACAACUCACUGUAUUGUUGCUGAAAUACGAAGGGAGGCACUGGUCAGUGAAUGAGCAAAUAUCGAACUUAUUAAGCUGAAGGAAUCUUACAGGAAACAAGAAUCUCAAGAAGAACUAGAAACCAUAAAGGAAACUGAAAAAAAGCCAAAUCUAAGGGUAAAACAACAUCCAAUAUUGGACCAAUACUUAGGCGAGAUGGUAUACCCCAGGUAAAGACUAUAACGAUAUGCUGUAUUGUUGCUGCAUUUAAGAGCUACAAUGACUCACUGUAUUGUUGUAGUAUUUGAGGGCUACAACAAAACACUAUUGUUGUGAAGGACUACAACAACGUAUUGUAUUGUUGUAUUUAAGGACUAAAACGACACGCUUCAUUGUUGUUGUUUAAGAACUACAAUAACUGGAGCUGUAUUUUUGUUGUGUUUAAGGGUUACUAUACCUUAAGCUGUAUUGUUGUAUUAAGGGCUACAGCAAGCCGAGCUGUAUUGUUGCUGUAUAUAAGGGCCACGACUCCCUGAGCCAUAUUGCAAGCAAAUUUAAACAAUGACAUCACGCAGGCAUCAUUAAUAUAUUUGGAGCCAAACAGGCGUCGUGAGUAUAAAUAAACACUUUAUAAAUGCAACAAAAAAGUGUACAUAAGCUUAACAUUACUGAGCUUUAUUUUUUCUGAUACACCUGAUAUACAGGCAGAUAAAGCCCUGACUUUAUUAUUAGAGAGAGGAGAAACCGGUAAAUGAGAACAGCCAUAAAACAGUGUACCAUAACGGUACAGUAGUAAGUCACAGCUAUGAAAUAGUGAAUUACAUGGGUGAAACAGCAGAUUAUAUGAGUGAAACAGUGGUAGAUUAAAGUGGUGAAAGAGUGGACUGCAACAGUGAACCAAUAAGUACAACGGUGAACUAGUAAAUUAAUGGAGAAACAGUAAAUUUGCAAAUGUGAAACUGGUUAAGAUGGUGAAACUGUAUGUCGCAUUAAAAUUAACGUGGUGAGACUAUAGUCUACAACGGUGAAAUGGUAGAUUACAACAGCCAACGGUAUCUGUUGAUGGUGGAACAGUAUACAAUAAGAGUUCAAAAUCAGUGAAAAGCAAUAUUAGAAGAAUUUGUACAGUAAAGAAUAAAUGGAACGUAAACAGUAGUAGCAACAGCAACAGUAAUAAUAACAGCAACAACAAUAACAUUAACAUCAACAGUAACGAUAACAGCAACAUCAGAAGCAACAACGGUAACAACAGCAAUAGUAACAAUAACAGCAACAACAGUAACAACAGAAACAGCAACAGCGAGUCAUUUAGAAAAUGAGUUCUGACGAAGCAAAGAAAAUAUCUGAAGUAGAUGGGGUGUGGUGCGGCAGCAGGUGUUGGCAGCACCUGCGUCAGUAUCCAGCAGUCAGGAGAGUGGUGGGUCAUGUUUCUCUGCUGCUGCUGCUGCUCCUCUACACCAGCCUGGGAGCUAAGGUAUUUCAGUCUCUGGAACACGAGGUGGAGAUGGAACAGCAGCAGCAGCUGUGGACACAGCUGCACUACGAGAGACAGCAGCUCAUUCAACAGCUGCUGAACUUUACGAGCUUACAGCAGAGACAGAAGCAACAGCAGACCCAUGAACAGCAGCUGCAACAGCAGACCCAUGAACAGCUGCAACAGCAGACCCAUGAACAGCAGCUGCAACAGCAGACCCAUGAACAGCAGCUGCAACAGCAGACCCAUGAACAGCAGCUGCAACAGCAGAUCCAUGAACAGCAGCUGCAACAGCAGACCCAUGAACAGCAGCUGCAACAGCAGACCCAUGAACAGCAGCUGCAACAGCAGACCCAUGAACAGCAGCUGCAACAGCAGAAGAUUCAGAUGGAGACAGGGACAUCCGGAGAGGAGACGAAGGCAUCCGGAGAGGAGACGAGAACAUCCAGAGAAGAGACGGAUGCAUCCAGGGAGGAGGCUCUGGUGUCUGAGUGGUUGAGGAGAUACGAGGAGGUACUAUUGGAGGCCGGAGAGCCACUCCAGCAGGAAGAAGAGCUUCACUCGAGGUGGACGUACACUCAGGCACUCUUCUUUAGUGCCACUGUCCUUACUACUAUAGGUCAGUCAGCAGGCACUUGUACCAUGUACCUGCCCGCUUAUAGAUCCAAAGAAAUUGAACUACCCUCAAAUUCUAUUUUCCUCUGGAUCAAACUUGGUUACGCACGAUUAACCCCAGGCACUGCAUGA